AUGGCGAGCGCGACUGGAGCCGCAGCUGCUUGUCCAGAUACUGUUCAGUUGACAACCCCGAGUCACCUUACACAAACCAGAAAAAUGCGUGCCUCUAUGCUUUUGCGCUCUGCCGCCAAACCCCACACAAAUAGCAAGUUCCCCUACGAGGUCUGGCCCCUGUUUGUCGCCAUGGGCUUUGUCUGCUGCUUUGCCGGCUACCGUGCCGUCAAGAACCUGGGUGGCCCCGAAGUUCGCAAGACCCGCUCUGGUGAGACUAUCUCGCGUGGUCCUAAGAUUGAGGGUGAGCACCACUAA